AUGAAUGCUCUUGGCGGUGGAGGCCUUGGCGGGCUUUGGGGUUGGAACCCUUCACCGAGAAAACCGAAACAACAAAGAAAAAGGCGAUUUGAUUCCAAAUCCCAGUCUUCCAAUUCUGUGGAGGCAACCGGAGGAGCCGGUCACUGGUUCCCCUUAAAGCAAGCAGCCACAGCUGGCUCACUGGCUCUAACAGGAGACACAAUUGCUCAGCUCAGCCAGCGGUGGACAAAAGCCAAGGCUCUUAACCAACAGGAUGGAAAAUAUGCUCUCCUCUCAGAUCAUGAUUGGCUUCGUGCACUUCGGAUGACUUCCUAUGGGUUUCUUUUAUACGGCCCCGGUUCCUAUGCUUGGUACCAGUUUCUUGAUCAUUCUUUACCUGCGAAAACAGUAGGGAACCUACUAUUGAAGGUUUUAUUAAACCAAAUUGUGCUUGGUCCAACUGUGAUUGCUGUUGUUUUUGCAUGGAACAAUUUAUGGCAAAGGAAACUCUCACAGCUCCCGGACAAGUACCAGAGAGAUGCUUUUCCCACUUUACUUUAUGGAUUUAGGUUCUGGAUACCUGGUGAUACCUCUUCAAGCCCGUGUAGCUUUCAUGUCUGUGGGCUCGAUAUUCUGGAACUUCUGUUUGUCUUCAACUAUGAGCAAGUAAAAUCUGCGUAUUUUACGUUAUUUUAUAUCAGCAAGCAGACUUGUCAGCACGAGGUUAAUUUGCAGGUCCAGCAUCUGGUACAUUCGAGAAGAAAAUGUGGACCAUAA